UUAAUAAGAAAAACAGAUGGGCAAAAGGGGUGCGCUCGCAUCGGCCAUGGCAACAGAUUGACCUGCAACUCCAAAGUCCAACCUUCACCAAUGGGCGAACACGAUUUCCGAUUGCCAUGAACCUUCUCCUUCCGAUCACUAUCAGUCAACGUCGCCAUGAUCAAUACCACCACCGCCGCAGCCACCACCACCAACACCGCCUCUCAACCUUCUGCUUCUUCUUCUUCUAACACCGCCGCCCAAUCUCUCGGUCUCAAAAACUUCUUCAAAACUCCCGAAGGCCGUUACAAGCUUCAUCAAGACAAAACCCAUCCUUCUUCUCUCCUUCCCUACGCCCUCGCCAAGUCCAUCACUCAGAUAACCUUAGCACACAUCAAGGAUCAACCAGUUCAGGCAGCAACAAACACUCCUCCUUUGCAACCUAACUCAAGCUAUAGCGUUGCAAGCAGUGGAGUGCGAUAUGUGACAUCAAAGUUCUUAGGAAGCAGUGGCAAUGGCAGCCGAAUGCUUGGAUUUGUUGGAGGAAAUGGCACAAGCAGUAAAGCAAAUGGUGGAACAAGCAAGAGUAGCCAUGUCGGAGGAGUACUCACUAAUGGUGUCAACAACUCUACACCUGGUUCAAAUACUCCAGAUGGCAAAGGAACUUUUUUGAUAUUCAAUGUAGGAGACACACUAUACAUUUCAGAGCUCAAUUCAGAAGAAAAGGACCCAAUAAAAUCAAUCACUUUUGGUAAUUCAAAUCCUGUAUGUCAUGCAUUUGAUUCAAAAGCCAAAGAAGGGCAUGAUUUACUGAUUGGGUUAAACUCAGGAGAUGUAUACUCGGUAUCCUUAAGACUGCAGUUGCAAGAUGUUGGGAAGAAAUUAGUAGGUGCUCAUCAUUACAACAAAGAUGGAACCCUUAACAACAGUCGAUGCACUAGUAUUUCAUGGAUACCUGAACGUGAAGGUGCUUUUGUUGCUGCACAUGCUGAUGGAAACUUGUAUGUUUAUGAAAAGAGCAAAGAUGGUCCUGGUGACUCUACAUUUCCUGUAAUAAAGGAUCAAACUCAAUUCUCUGUUGCACAUGCACGUUCUAGUAAGAGUAACCCUAUUGCUAGAUGGCAUAUAUGCCAAGGUCCUAUCAAUGCCAUUUCAUUUUCAGCUGAUGGAAGACAUUUAGCAACGGCUGGAAGAGAUGGUUAUUUACGGGUGUUUGAUUUUUUAAAUGAACGACUGAUAUGCGGUGGAAAAAGUUACUAUGGUGCCCUUCUAUGUUGUGCCUGGAGUGCGGAUGGGAAAUACAUAUUGACUGGUGGAGAAGAUGAUCUAGUUCAGGUUUGGAGUAUGGAAGACCGGAAAGUGGUAGCAUGGGGAGAAGGUCACAACUCAUGGGUUAGUGGAGUUGCUUUUGAUUCUUAUUGGUCACCUCCCACUUCAGAAGAUGAUGAAUCCGAAAAUGCGGUUUACAGAUUUGGUUCUGUCGGCCAAGAUACGCAGUUAUUGUUGUGGGACCUAGUGAUGGAUGAGCUUGUGGUCCCACUUAGGCGUCCACCUGGCGGGUCCCCAACGUACAGCCGGACACAGUCAUCUCACUGGGACAAUGUGGUCCCCGUGGGGACCCUCCAACCGGCUCCCAGUACAAAGGAUGUUCCGAAACUCGCUCCGUUGGUGGCUCACCGAGUCCACUCGGAGCCGCUUUCUGGACUCGUAUUCUCUCAGGAGUCUACCUUUACUGCCAGCCGGGAUGGACAUGUCAAGAUCUGGAUGCGACCUGGAAGUUCGGAUUGCCAGGUCAGCGGCUCGGACAGUUGUACACCCGUGAAAAGUUUGAAAUAAAUUUGUCCAAGAUGGCAUGUUUGUAUGUGAUAUUAUAGUUUUGGAAUUGAGAUUGGUGGGUAAUUUGUUGUGUAAUGUUUUGGUUUUGGCCUCAUUUUGCGGGUGUUGUGAAAUGUAGAAUGAUUGUGGCCGUUUUGGGACCAUAAAACUAUUAUAAUGAAUUAAUGAUAAU